AUGGAGAGCAAGAUUACCACCAAGACCCUCCUUGUCGGGGCACUGGCUCUUGCAACGGGUGCCGAGUGUCUCCGCACCGCCUUCUCUGUCAGCGAGCUUGAAAACAUCGCAGCAGGCGAGGCUUUGCUGCAGGACAAGUACAGCAGCUUCCAGGCCGCCCCUGCCAUUGCUGCUGCUGCCGCCGACACGGACCCGAGCCUAUUGUACCCAGCUCACAACCUCUCGGUGCCCAUCGAUCAUUUUCAUAAUGAUAGUUUGUAUGAACCACACACCAAUGACACUUUCAAUCUGAGAUAUUGGUUCGAUGCGAGCCACUAUCAACAAGGCGGGCCUGUCAUCGUCCUACAGAGCGGAGAAACUUCCGGUGUUGGCCGCCUGCCAUUCCUCCAGAAGGGCAUCGUAUCCAUACUCGCCCAAGCCACCGGUGGGCUGGGAGUCAUUUUAGAACAUCGCUAUUAUGGCACUAGCUUCCCGGUUUCUGAUCUAAGCAUCGAGAGCCUGCGAUUCCUCACAACGGACCAGGCCCUGGCUGACAUGGCUUAUUUUGCCCAGAACAUAAAGUUCCCAGGGCUCGAGGAUCUCGACCUCACGUCAGCCAGUACCGCCUACAUCGCAUAUGGAGGGUCUUAUGCUGGAGCAUUUGUGGCUUUCCUCCGCAAGCUCUACCCGGACGUCUAUUGGGGAGCCAUCUCGAGCUCCGGAGUCACCGAGGCUAUCUAUGAUUAUUGGGCCUACUACGAAGCAGCAAGGCUCUUUGCCCCAGGUGACUGUGCGACCACGACCCAGAAGCUGACCAACGUCGUGGACAACAUCCUCAUUGGCAAGAACGGGACGGAGUGGGUGCAGAGGGUCAAGGACGUGUUCGGGCUCGGCAACGUCACCCGAGACGACGACUUCGCGAGCUCCAUCCAGGGAGGUAUUGCUGGUUUGCAAAGUACCAACUGGGACCCGGCUUUGAACGACACGAGCUUUGGAGUCUACUGCGACACCAUAUCUAGUGAUGCGAUUGUCUACAAUGCCACAGUGUCAAGAAAGGCAGAGGCAGUCGAGAUCCUGAAGGCAGGAGGGUAUGAGGACCAGGUCGACACGCUUACCAACCGGCUGCUCAACUACAUUGGCUACAUCAACAGUACUGUCGUUGCCAGUUGCGCGUCCCGGGGGUUGAGCCAGGACGAGUGUGUGACCAAUUAUGACUCCAGCUUCUACAAGCAAGAUGAUAUCACACAGACUUGGAGGGCAUGGCCUUGGCAAUACUGUUUUGAGUGGGGAUACCUUCAGACCGGCUCGGGCGUGCCAGAAGACCAGCUCCCUCUCAUUUCUCGCCUUAUUGAUCUCGACUACUCAUCGAUCAUCUGCAAAGAGGCAUUCAACAUCACCACCUCCUCGAAGGUCGAGCGCAUCAACCAAUGGGGAGGUUUCAAUAUCUCAUACCCGCGAUUGGCCAUUGUUGAUGGCGAAAAAGACCCCUGGAGACAAGCGACUCCUCAUGCUAUCGGCCUGCCAGACAGGGUGUCCACUACGAGCGAGCCGUUCAUAUUGAUCAAGGAUGGCGUGCACCAUUGGGACGAAAACGGACUGUUUCCCAAUCAGACUACAACAGACCUACCUCCUGCUCCAGUCAAGGAUGCUCAGGCGCAGGAGGUUGCCUUUGUGAAGGCAUGGGUAGAGGAGUGGAAGCAAGCGAAGAGUAAACCCGAACACGCUGUGCCCGAGGCUGAGAUGGAGCUGUAG